AUGGAGGAUUUUUUUAUUAUCACUGUGUUGAAACUGGCUGAAAAGUUUUCAAGUAUCAAUCCUGAUAUGGGUCAGUUGAAAAAAAUCAGGGUCUUUACCUUCACUGCUGUCGCUCAGCUCUGCCUCCUGGGAUGUACUUGGAUAUUUGGCAUGUUGCACUUCCAGAAGGAAACAAUUGUCAUGGCCUACAUCUUCACUGUGAUCAACAGCAUGCAAGGAAUGUUCAUCUUCAUCCUGCACUGCCUCCUUAACAAGCAGGUGAGGGAUGAGUACGCCAACUUCCACUAAUUCUACCAAUUGAAGAAAGACUCAAAAUCCUCCGAGAUUUUAAUUUCAUCGACGCAGG